UGCUCCAAAAUACUCUAAACCUCCUCCUCCUCCGCUUCUCUGCUUAAUUACUGUUCCCAUUCUGGUUAUGAUCUCAGCCGUUCACCGGAAAACUGAAACCCUCCUCUCGGCGCCGUCUAUCGGAUUCCUUCGCCUCCGCUUCUUCCGUCAUCGCCGCCUCUCAAGUGACCGCUUGGUUAGUGCGUUUUUAAUUUGUAUAUAUAUCUAUAUAUAUAUAUUGGUUUCCGACGAUGCCGAGUCCGAAGACUCACCGGAGAGGGGGAUCGGAGGAGAAGAAUAGGAAGGGAAGGUUAGUUGAAAAGGCGAAGUCGUUUCACGGCCACGGCGUGGAGAACACGGCGGAGUUGCUGGGGAGGCCGCGGACGGUUCCGGACUUGAUCUCCGGCCAUCGAAGUUCCACCGCCUCCACGCAAAUGAGGUUUCCGUCGAAGCUCACCAAGUUACUGCUCAACGUGACGAUACAGAGAUGCCUUGGGGCCGUGCAGGUGUUGAUGUCGUCGGAAUCAACGGUGGAGGACCUCAUCGCCGCCGCUCUCCGUCAGUACGUAAAGGAAGGACGGCGGUCGGCGCUGCCCUCCACUGAUCCCGCAGAUUUCGGACUCCAUUACUCGCAGUUUAGUUUAGAAGGUUUGGACAGGGCAGACAGUGUGAUGACGCUCGGAUCAAGAAACUUCUUCCUCUGCAUGAAAACUUCCCCUGCCGGCACAGAAGGUGGCGGCGCAACGCCGUCAUGCGGCGCAGCUCCGGGCUGCUCAUCGGAAGUUGAUCGUGUUACAAAAAUUGGCUUGCCUUGGAUCAAAUUCAUGGACAUCUUAUUGUGACAAAUUUCUGCUCCUUCCUAGCUAGUAUUACAAUUCUUUUAUUUUCUUUUGUUCCACGACCCAAUAAACAUAUCA